AGCCUCCAGGAGGCAUGUUUGACCGGAGUUGCACUUUUCCGUCAGGAGGUGACUGAAACUCGACAUAUCUCAAGACUCGUAAUUCAGGACUGCUCCUUGUAACCUUGACCCCGCCUGGCUGGGCGACACACCUGGUUCGAUAACGUACGCAGCAACGAAAAGGGAUUCCUGGUAGUUCCAUAGAUUUUCCGUGUCUCAUUGACUGUCUCUAGACUUGACAUGUAACUGGAGUAAAGAGCCACAAAUGCAUUUUGUGACCCAAAAUGAUAUCGAUGAAUGAAAUAACCGAUAUUGUGGAUGACACAAUGAGAGCUCGUACAUCCAUUAAAGACUAAACGAGAGAAGGACCUGGCCUUAUUUAGGGAUUCCUAUAAUUACUGCUCACCAGAGAAGCAAAAAUGUCGCUCGUCGUUAUUCUGAAGAACAUUCAGGGUCUUAAGUGCAAAGGCGAGAAGGUUGCAAAGGUCGACUUUCGAGAAGUAUCGCAUUAUUCAUCGGUGCUCGAGGAAAGUGGAGAUGUUAUUGAGAUUGAGCAGAGUUUUACGUGGAAUUUAGGAAGACCAGUGGACGAGGCAGAAGUGCUGCAACUGGCAGUUGUAUCGCGCGGAGUCCUGAGAAAUGAAAAAGUUGCGGCGAGAUACGGAUUGGUGUUGCAAACAGUGGUGCGCGAAGGGAGGAUCCUGGUCUCGGAUUCCCUGGUUGACCUCAAUAACAAACCGCUUUCGGCGGUGGUGUGCUUCGAAAUUCGAUACAAUCCUCCGGACGGAAGCUGCAGCUCAUACGCGGUCUCGGAAAUAAUGGAGGACGAACAACAAAUGUUGAUCGACAUCGAGCAGAAUAUCGCGAACCUCGAGAGGAGUCUCGAACAAGCCAAUAAUAGUUCGACCAGUGGGAAAAGAAGAGGCUCUUGGCAUACUCCUGAGAAAACAUCGAAAAGAGGCUUCUUACCAAGGGGCACCUCUAUGUCAACUGGCGAAAAGUCGCCCGAUACUCGAAAACGGAGUACCACUUUGAAAAGCGUGCGAUCCCUGCUGAAAUUGGGAAAGCAGAGACCCCCACGUACUCGAUCUUGUGACAGCAACUCGGAAACGAGAGAACUCCUUGAUAGACGGGACUCUAGCUGUCCAACUUCAAAUGAGCCUUCACGAACGAAUUCUAUGACAUCCCUCGAAACAAGUGCGUCCGAUAAUGACAGUCAGCUAAGCGCCAACCCUGAACAGGAGGAAGUAGUUGUAAAACCGGCCAAGAGAUCCAAGCCUAAGACGAGCGAUACCUGGCAGAGCGUGUUAAAAGCUCAAGAUUAUCAAGUCUGCGUUACUAUCAUAGAAGCGCGACAACUCGCCGGUCUCAAUAUGGAUCCAGUGGUCUGCGUACAAAUUGGAGAUCAACGCAAAUAUACAAGCGUCAAGGAGUCCACAAAUUGCCCGUAUUACAACGAAUAUUUUGUCUUCGAUUUCCACAUGCCGCCUGUUAUGCUCUUCGAUAAAAUUAUUACUCUGUCGGUGCAGCAAUCGCGGAAUCUCUUGCGCGCUAAUCUAACGCUGGGCAGCUUUAAAUUAGACAUCGCGACGGUAUGGGCACAACCAGAUCAUCAAUUCUAUCACAAAUGGGCCCUCCUCACUGAUCCGGAUGACGUUGCCGGUGGACCGAAAGGCUAUCUGAAAUGUGACAUAAGCGUUAUUGGCAAGGGUGAUACCGUGAAAAUUCCUCCGAAAAGUGAAAAAGACGAGGAUGACAUCGAAGGCAACCUCUUAUUACCGGACGGUGUGCCAAUCGAGAGACAACGCGCGAGAUUCGUGGUGAAGGUUUACAGAGCUGACGGUUUGCCAAAAAUGAACAGCAGCAUUAUGGCGAACGUGAAGAAGGCUUUUACGGGGGAAGUGAAAGAUCUGGUGGAUCCAUACGUUCAAGUGUCCUUUGCCGGGCUCAGCGGGAAAACAAGCGUGAAGAGGCAUAGCUAUGCUCCAGUAUGGAACGAACAAAUAGUUUUUACGGAGAUGUUUCCUCCUCUAUGUCAGAGAAUAAAGAUACAAUUAUGCGAUAACGACCCGGUACACGCCACCGUCAUCGGUACACACUUCGUCGACCUUAAGCAGAUCAGCAACGAUGGUGAAAAAGGCUUCUUGCCGACCUUUGGUCCGGCAUUUAUCCAUCUUUAUGGUAGCAUUAGAGAUUACAGUCUCAUUGACGAGCACUCAACGUUGAACACUGGCCUGGGCGAGGGAAUUUCAUAUAGAGCGAGGCUUUUGAUAGCGAUACGAACCGAGAUUACCGAUAACGUGGAAAUAGCACCGUCGGAAGUUGAAGUGGAGCUAACUGUGCCAGUCAACGAAACCGCCUACGCAAGGAAUGAAGAAUUUUUUCUAUAUGCCACAAUCAUGGAUGCUACGAUGAUUGACAAGAAGCUAGGCGAUAAGCCGAUGUACUUUGAAAUAUCGAUCGGAAACGCGGGUAAUGCUCUCGACGGUCACAAUGAAAGUUUCAAGAUGUACGAUGGAGGAUUGAAAAGCGGAACAAGCGGAGAAGAGGAAGAGCUGCAAGAAAUUCUCGCUGGAUCUUGGCAAAGUACCACACCAGCUAGUAAACCAAUGACGCACGAUAAAAUUUAUUAUUUCUUACCAUACUGGGACGACAAGCCAUGCCUUCACGUAAGAAGCAUAUGGCCAGAUUAUAGACGUCGAAUGUAUAACAGUAAUAUUAUCGGCAAGAUUGUCGAUAAACUGGAGGAAGGAUUGUCGGAGGUUCAAUCGCACUUGGAAGACUCGACGUGCGAAAAGCUUUUGAAGUCUACUCUCGAGGAACUCAGCGCAAAUUGUAAUCGAUAUGUCAGUAUUAGCAAGUCUAGCUUGACCGGUCCGGGCGUUGGGAAAACAAAGCUGGACAAGGAACGUACAAAAUUAUGUCAGCGGGAGAUGGAAAAUAUUGGGAUUUUAUCGCGCAACCUCAAAGCCCUCGUGACUAAAAGCAGCUUCAAAGAAAGACUGAAGACAGCCCACAACUAUCUGCAAAAAUUGAAGUUUCUCGUCGAGGAUCCGCAAGACUCCCUACCGGAUGUGUUCGUCUGGGUGAUCAGUUCCGGAAGACGAGUGGCGUACCAGAGAAUACCAGGUCGCGAACUGAUUUACUCGGUGGUCGACGAAGAAUGUGGCCGACAUUGCGGAAAAGUACAAACUAUGUUUCUCAAGCUUCCAGGUAAAAAAAGAUUCGGACCCUCAGGGUGGGCGAUCCAAACGAAAUUACAGAUCUAUAUGUGGCUAGGAAUAUUGAAGCACAAGAAGUACUUCAUUCAAGGUUUACCGAAGGGAUACGAGGUCAAUCAUGAAUUAAGGAACAUAGACAGGCCUCGCGCUUUGCCGCCCACCGUAAUUCACUAUGUCCAAAAACACAAAUUUCAAUUAAGAGCUCACAUGUAUCAAGCGAGAUCGCUGAUCGGCAGCGAUGCGUCUGGUCUCUCGGAUCCAUUUGCGAGGGUUAUCUGUGGUGAGUUUUGCAAGUGCACUCAGGUGAUCGACGAGACCCUCAGUCCAACAUGGGACGAAUUGCUGCUGUUUGACGAUAUCUUAAUCUAUGGCAUCGCUGACGAAAUCAAGAAAGAUCCACCCUCCAUCGUCAUCGAGCUAUUUGAUCAGGAUAAAGUGGGAAAAUCAGAGUACAUCGGUCGGGCAAUUGCGCGACCUCAUGUCAAACUUGCCUCCGAGUCUUACAUUCCUCCGCAAUAUCCACCGUCUUUGGAAUGGUAUGAUGUUAGCAGAGGAGCCUCGAGGGCUGGCGAACUUCUGGCGGUUUUCGAAUUAUUGGAAUAUCCCUCUACUAAAGAUUACGGUUUCCCUACUUUGCCGGAUCCCAAAGAUUCCAGCUGCGGAUCCCAAACUCCAGGAUCCGGUCAAGAUCAAGGCCCGAUUCUUCCCGUACCCGUCGGAAUUCGACCUACUUUAUCCAAAUAUCGAAUCGAAGUACUCUUUUGGGGGUUGCGAGAUUUAAAGAGAAUCCAUUUACUAACGGUCGACAAGCCGCGCGUGGAUGUUGAAUGCGCUGGCCACAUUCUCUAUUCGUCUGUCAUAGCAAAUGCGAAGAAGAAUCCGAAUUUCAACACGCCAAUUAAAUUUCUGGAAUUAGAGCUUCCUGAACAGGAACUUUAUCGACCGCCAUUGACCAUAAGAGCGGUGGAUUGUCGGAGUUUCGGUAGAUAUACUCUCGUCGGUACUCACACCAUCAAUUCAAUUCACAAGUACAUGUACUAUCCUUUAACUAAAAGAGCAAAGGACGCUCAAGAAAGAAAGAAGAGUUUAUAUCAGUUACAAUGCACGGCUCUUGAUCCAUCUAAAUCGAAAUUCCCACAAACGUCAUUAUUAGAAUCGAUGACUGACUUGGAAGCUAAUAACGGAGAUACCACCAUCACUCUUGGAUUCGAAUUAGGAUGUGGUCCUACGAAGAAAGAUAAAACGGAGCAAAACUUACGUAGGAAACACAGCUUAGCUAGUGAUAACAACAUAAGCGAUUUAAGCGCAUUAGAGAACGAAGAUGGCUGCCAAGACUGGUGGACAAAGUACUUCGCGUCUGUGGAAGCAAUGAUUGAGGAGAACAAAGAACUGCGUAAAGAGAAAUCCAUAUUUCACAACCAGCCAAAUGGAACGCUGCCAAUGCUUCUAGACGAAGCUGUCACGCAAAGUCAGUUGGCUUCCUCAGGCGACAAGAAUUCCGGAAUUAAUUCCACAAAGAAACUGUUUGGUCUGAAAUCACCAACAAAUGCGGUGAAGUUUGUUUCGAGACUCAGUCCAAAGCAAACUCAACACAAGUACAACAAGACCGCCCUACUGAAGAUAUAUCCAGGAGAACUGGAAGCGCAGCCCGAGUUCGAGCAGUUUAAAGAAUGGUUGCAUACUUUCGAAUUAUAUCGAGGUAAAAAGACUGGUGACGAGACCGAAGACGAAUCAAGGAUUGUCGGCAGCUUCAAGGGUGCGCUGAAAGUCUACAAGUGGCCCCUGCCGAAGGAUCUAGUAGAUCAUACUGUAAUGGGUUUUGAUCCGCAGUACGGAUUCUUCCAGGGUGUCCCGUCGAACGAGCCCAUCCACGUCCUAGUACGGGUGUACAUCGUCAAAGCUAAUGAUCUUCAUCCUUGCGAUCUAAAUGGAAAAGCAGAUCCUUAUGUGGUCUUACAAUUGGGAGGCAAAAGGAUCAGCGAUAAAGAGAAUUACGUGUCGAAACAAUUGAAUCCUGUCUUUGGAAAGUGUUUCGAGAUCGAAGCAACAUUUCCGCAGGACUCUUUGCUGACGGUGCAAGUCCUGGAUUGGGAUUUGGUCGGAACAGACGAUAUGAUCGGCGAGACCAAGAUCGACCUGGAAAACCGCUUCUACAGUAGACAUCGAGCUACAUGUGGACUCGCGAAGAAAUACGACGAAUCUGGCUAUAAUAAAUGGAGAGAUGCGAUGAAACCGACUCAAAUACUCUUGAAACUUUGCAAAGAUGGUAAAAUCGAUGGGCCUAUAUAUUCUCAUGGUCGUGUUACAAUCGGUAGAAAAACUUUCUCCCUUUCAAACGAGGAGAUGGAAUUUUAUGUCCAUACAAAGGGAAUAGAAGAACAUCUCGCCUUAGCCGUUCUUCAUCAAUGGAACGCUUUUCCGCGAAUAGGUUGUGCCUUGGUACCUGAGCAUGUGGAGACCCGACCUCUCUAUAAUCCCGAGAAACCAGGUAUUGAACAGGGAAAAUUGGAAAUGUGGGUAGAUAUGUUUCCAAUGGACAUGCCCUCGCCGGGACCAUCCAUCGACAUUUCACCGAGAAAGCCCAAGAGCUAUGAAUUGAGAGUAAUCAUAUGGAAUACAGACGACGUCGUCUUGGAAGACGAUGCAUUCUUCACCGGCGAGAAGAUGAGCGACAUUUAUGUAAAAGGAUGGCUAAAGGGACCGGAGGAUUGUCAAUUCACCGAUAUUCAUUAUCGGUCAUUAACCGGCGAAGGAAACUUUAACUGGCGCUUUACGUUUCCAUUCGAUUAUCUGGUAGCAGAAGAGAAGAUCGUUAUUAAUCGUAAAGAAAGCCUAUUUAGCUGGGAUGAAACCGAAUGUAAAAUACCAGCACGCCUAGAAUUACAGGUCUGGGAUGCAGAUCAUUUCUCAGCAGAUGAUUUCUUGGGUGCAAUAACACUCGAUCUCAAUCGAUUUCCCCGAGGAGCAAAAAAUAGUAAGCUCUGCUCGUUAAGCAUGCUAAAAACAGACGGAUCUGUGCCAACGGUUAACAUUUUCAAGCAAAAACGUAUAAAGGGAUGGUGGCCGUUUUAUGUGAAGAAAGAGAAUGAAGACAUGGAGCUGACGGGUAAGGUCGAAGCCGAGAUACAUUUGCUCACAAAAGAGGAGGCAGAAAAAAAUCCUGCUGGUUUUGGCAGAAAUGAACCUGAUCCACUGGAUAAGCCAAAUCGACCGGAUGCAUCCUUCAUGUGGUUCCUUAAUCCACUAAAGUCCAUCAAGUAUAUAGUUUGGCACAACUAUAAAUGGGCUAUACUGAAAGCCAUAAUUGCGAUUGGAUUAAUCAUACUUCUGCUUUUAUUCUUUUAUGCAAUACCAGGUUAUUCUGUGAAAAAGAUCUUGGGAGCUUAAAUGCUGUUCGUCGCAAUGUAUAAUUGUUAUUUUAGAAAACAAUUGACGAUUUAAAAAUGUAGU